UAAAAUAAUCAAAGCGAGAUUCCAAACCUCUGAAAGAAACUAGAAGGUUAACGUACACGUACCGUCUCUUGAGACAAAGGAUGAUGAUGAACCGGAGACUAUUAUGGUUGACAUUACUGUUCGCAAUUCUAUGGCGUAGUGUAUAUUCGCAACCUCUCUAUAACGGUGACCCUCAAGGUCCAAGGCCUUUCUACUUGAAUGAGCUUUUUGAUCCAGCAGAACAGCCACGCCCCCCACCACAGCAGAUGUAUUAUGGGAACAUGUUCAACAAUCCAGAAGUCAGGAUACAUCAAGAGUGGAACGUACCACAACCAAGAUUCCCUCAGCAUUACCAGCAGCACGUGCCAAGCAUUGAGGAUCAUAAUUCUUUGCCCAAGGUUUUGAACAUUUCCGAAGUUGCAGAAGUUCAAAACAGGACCGCGGAUCUGCUCGGAAAUGACACAGAUGAUGUGAAUUCUGGUGUACACAGCGUUGUAAGAGGACUUUUUGGCUCUAAAAAAAAAGGGUCGACUUCCGGUGGACUUGUAGUUCAUUUCACGUUCGAUCAAAUCAAAGACAAGCUCGUUAUUGACGAUUCUCCAAAAGCUAACAACGGUAAACUCGUGGGUCAAUACGCGCAGACUAUGGACAGCCCUAAGUGCAAAAUGAGUAUCCGAUUUGAAGGAGGGCAAGGACACAUCGAGUUGGAUGGAAACAAACUUAACGAAGAGAAGAAGGAUGCGAUGUCAAUUUCCUUGUGGGUGCGUGUUGUAGAUAACCAGCGUGAAAAUACAAUUUAUGGUUGUACUGGAGACAGGGGAACCCAUUACCUGAGUAUCAAACCAAAUGCGGCCCCAAAUGCAGUUGUCAACUGGUUGUACAAGAAGCCUGAUGGGAAGGUUGUGUUUCAUGUCAUGUCUGAGCCUGCUAUACCUUCAGGAAUGUGGACUCAUAUAACUGCGGUUUACAAUGCUGCCUUAGGAAAAGUAAAGAUGUUUGUAAAUGGUGAAAAGAUUGUAACAACGACGAAAGAUAUUGUGAAACUAUCCUUUGUGGGUUGGAGUACAUCCGUAGAAAUUUCAAAGUUCAGCGGAAAUCCACUAGGUUUCUUGGAUGGAUCUAUGGACGAGUUUCAAAUCUUUACUUCCGCCCUAAUGCACACUGAGGUCCAGGCCCUGAUGGAAAAAUGUGAAUUUCCAACAGACAGUACGUUGUAUUUCGUGGACGUCAAGACUGGACCUGAAUCAUUUUCCGGAACUCCAUCUCGUGUGUUUUUCAAACUAAUUGGGGAAAAAGGAGCUCAUGGAGAAGAAUUACUUGGAGAGGAUUUUUCCAGAGGAAGUACCAGACAGUUUAAUGUCUACUCGGCCGACGUUGGUAGACCGGUCAGAAUCAGCAUAAGAAAGGAUACGAAGGGUAUCUUCUCCACAGACUGGUACUUGGAGAAAGUCAUUGUCACUGUGGAAGAUAGGACUGAUGGACCGUCAUUUAUUUUCAACUGUAACUGUUGGAUAGGGAAAGACAAAAACGAUCUUCAAAAGUAUCUCACUCCCGAGAAACAUGUGGAUGGAAACUGGUCUCCCUGGAGUCAGUGGAGUGGUUGUGGUUCAGGUUUAUGUGGAGGAAACAAGAAAGUUAGAACAAGAUCGUGUACAAACCCCCACCCCACUGGGGGAGGAAAAGCUUGUCCUGGAGAUUCAAUUGAAGAAGGAAGCUGUCCAAUUGAUGGCGGUUGGGGUGCCUGGGGAGAGUGGUCUGCCUGUAGCAAGACUUGUGGAGGUGCUACAGUAACACGAGUAAGAAAAUGUGAUAACCCUGCCCCUUCGAAUGGCGGGAAGCCCUGUGAAGCAAAAGACGCUCAAGAAACCAAGACAGAUUGCAAUCAACCUUGUGAAGUUGGCCCUUUGGAUGGUCAUUGGUCAGACUGGUCAGAGUGGAGUCCAUGUGCAAAAUCAUGUGGUGGAAGCCGAGUAACACGAAAAAGAAGCUGUAACAAUCCUUCCCCUCAGAGGGGUGGGGAAGAAUGUCCUGGGGAACCAACUGAGACUGCCUUUGAUUGCGAGACCCCUUGUCCAGUUCCUGGUAAAUGGGGAGACUGGGAAGAGUGGUCCGUAUGUAGUGCAACUUGUGGAACUGGAAAUAAAGUUAGGACAAGAGAAUGCAACAACCCCGCCCCACAGUAUGGAGGAGAGUGUCCUGGAAACGGCCAGGAAACGGAAGCAUGCGAGAUAAGGAAGUGUCCAACCAAUGUAGUGAACGGAGCAUGGGGUCCCUGGGGUCCUUGGGGUGAAUGCUCAGAGAAAGAGGUCUGCAACAAAGGAGUACAGUUACGCACUCGCCAGUGUAACAACCCUGCACCACAGAAUGGCGGUGAUGUAUGUCCAGGGACUGGUUCCGAGAGCCAAGAAUGUCCAAAAACGAACUGCAAAGAAACUCCUCAAAACACCGACGCUACAAAACCUGUUGAACCAAACUCAUUCAUAGCAUUAGUGUGCAACUCUCAAAACGCCGAACUUCUCAGCGACUCAGCAAAAAACCCUUUAGUAGCAGCUGCAUUUUCAAAUCUCCCCAAGCUUGUUCCAUUUCUGAAGGGCGGUUACUUUGCAGUUAAGCAAAAUACAAAGGAAUUAAAUGAAACUUGUUUCGAGCCUAUGAAACUGCUGACCAUAGCAGAGCUGGCUAAACUCUAUCCCGGUUUCCGCUCGGCCAAGCCAAUGCCAUUUUUCACUAUGCCUGCGGACACUGAACACGUGACAGGAAUAAAGGUUAAUUUGAGAGCAGAUAAAGCCUUAUAUGGAGUUGAAUUUCUGUUGGAUUCUGCGUCAGUUUAUGCUCCAACUGAUACAGUUUCUCUUGAAAACGUAAUGUUUCUUUUCCGAGUAUCUCCCGGAAAAGAAGAAAUUGUGGCCCAUGGUUUUGAUGACAUUGGGAAAGCUAAAUUUGCUGUUUAUGCCAGCUUAGUGGGUGAAAAUGAAGUCACUAUUGAAGGAACCAGCGGGCAAACUGCUACGUCGGAGGAAAUUCAAGCUGCGUUGUCACCAAACACACCUGUAGCAAAUGAUUUCUCCUUUACACAAGUUUUGAGACGCGGAGUAAGGAACCUCGACUCAAAGUCUCCUACCGAUCAACUUGCACCGUUAGAAAACGUCUCCAAAGAUGGAAAAUACGCAGAGAAAGCUGCGAAGAUGAGUAACGGUCCUCAAAAACCCGACAGAAACAACAUUCAACGAAGAAGGACAUUUUCGAAGAAGAAAAAGUCAAGAAUUGGAGAAAAACAGACGCGCCAUAAUAAAUUUACACAUCGAAGCGCGGUGCCAUUAUUUUCUUAUGAGCCAAUAAAUGAACUAAGAGAGGAAAUGCCAAUUACUUAUCCAAACGCAAUGACUGUUAACCCGUUACAUGCCAUUUCUCCUCCGCUGAACAUGGGGGCAACCCCCAACUUGAAAGGCUUGCAAGACACACCUAAAAGGUCCUUGAACUUGAACAUUGACCAGAAAAUACUUGAAAUAUUGAAACGCGUAAAUUUAGGCCUAGUGACAAUAUCUGACUUGUCUUUACAAAUCAGCGCGAGCAUGAAAGAGGUUAUUGUGCGAGUCAGUGGUAAGGUGGCCCCCAAUGGGAUCGGUGGAUGGUUCAAUUUUGAGAUCAUACGCAAGGAUAUUUUCGCUGUGGCUUUCACGACGGAGCAGGCUGCAAUUGAAGAUUUUGUGCAGAAGAUGUUUAACACCAAACUUGGCGUGUUUGAGAAGUUAGAGAAAACAUCAGUGAGUACAUAUUCCAUUAUUGAAUUAAUUUCGAGAUCAUUAACGAACUAUGUAAUCUGA